CUUUUGCUGUCCUUCUCAGCCAAUUUAUACUCACACCUGGGGCCUCGGGCUGGGGGCUUGCAUGCCAUCAAUGCUCCCCUGAGGUGUUUAUCAUGUGAACAUCUGCAUUUUGCUAUCACGGGAAAUCCCCUCUCAUGGUCCACUGUACGUAUUCUCUAGGUGGAGUUUGGCUGGACUUCAUUUAUUCCCGAAGAUUUGAGCUUUUGGAGCUUUAUAGGUCACAAAAUUCUCGUGGCGCUGGGGGAAACUCUGGCCGCCCCUCGGGAGGAGCUCUUGCCCCUUCCAUUUCUUUCCAGCGAAGAUUUCAACUUUUUUUAAGGCUUUGAGAGCUCAAGAGUUGGAUUUCUGAAACCAUUGUCAGAGGCUUGCCCUCGCCGAUUUCCAAGAUUUCCUCUUUAUCUCUUCGUUUCCAAGAUCUGAGCUUGGGAUUCUUGGUGCAAAGCAGAGCAAUCCACCAAAACCGCCCUAAGAUUUGGAGCCGGAAUAAUCCAUCGAUGGGUUCCGGGUCCGGCCAUGGAGCGGCGGCGGUGGCCGUGGCGCUGGUUUCUUGGCUGUGCUUCGCAUCGGCAGGCGUCGGCGCGAUAGGAGCGAACUGGGGCACGCAGACGAGCCACCCGCUGCCGCCGGACACGGUGGUGCGGAUGCUCAAGGACAACCGGUUCCAGAAGGUGAAGCUGUUCGACGCCGAGGAGGGCACCAUGAACGCCCUCAAGAAGAGCGGGCUGGAAGUGAUGGUCGGCAUCCCCAACGACAUGCUGCUGACGAUGGCCACCAACAUGAAGUCUGCCGAGAAGUGGGUCGACACGAACGUCUCCAGCUACCUCAAUGACGGCGUCAACAUCAGGUACGUUGCAGUUGGGAAUGAGCCGUUUUUGGAGACAUACAAUGGAAGCUUUCUGCAAACCACUUAUCCUGCCAUCAGAAACAUACAAAGUGCACUUAUAAAGGCUGGUUUGGGCAAUCAAGUUAAAGUCACAUGCCCUCUGAAUGCCGAUGUCUAUGCAUCACCAACCACCAAGCCUUCUGAUGGGGACUUCCGCACGGAUAUUCAUGAUCUGAUGAUCGCUAUUGUAAAAUUGCUCAGCGACAAUGGUGGAGCUUUUACUGUCAACAUAUACCCUUUCAUAAGCCUCUACAUUGAUCCAAACUUCCCUAUGGAUUAUGCCUUCUUUGAGGGGGCCUCGUCACCCAUUGUUGAUGGUUCCAUUACUUACACAAACAUGUUCGAUGCGAACCAUGACACACUUAUAUGGGCUCUGAAAAAGAAUGGCUAUGGAAACCUCCCAGUCAUUGUUGGGGAGAUCGGAUGGCCUACUGAUGGGGACAGGAAUGCUAAUCCUCAGAUGGCUCAGCGCUUCAACCAAGGCUUCAUGACUCAUAUUGCCUCUGGUCGAGGAACGCCGAUGCGGCCUGGACCUGUUGAUGCUUACUUGUUCAGUCUAAUUGAUGAGGACGAGAAGAGCAUCCAACCAGGAAAUUUUGAGCGGCACUGGGGUAUCUUUACUUAUGACGGCCUGCCAAAAUACCAACUGAAUUUCGGGACAGCAAAUUCAGGCGGCCUUGUGAAAGCAAAGGGCAUGAAGUACCUCGAAAGAAAGUGGUGUGUACUGAAGCCUUCGGUGAGCCUCAACAAUCCGAAUCUCGCAGACAAUGUGGGCUAUGCGUGUUCCAUGGCAGACUGCACCAGCCUUGGUUACAAGACUUCGUGCGGGAUGCUGAACUUAGGUGGCAACGUCUCAUAUGCAUUCAACAACUACUACCAGAAGAAUGACCAAGAUGAUGUCGCCUGUGGGUUUCAAGGCCUUGCGACAACAACUGGCCAAGACCCCAGCACUGGGACAUGCAGAUUUGGUAUCAUGAUUGAGGUCGACUCCGCCUUCUCAUUGCGUCUGCAGCGGCUUGGAAGCAACUUCCUCUUGAUGCUCCUGCUUGUGCUUCUCCAGCUAUGCCUGUCAUUCUCAUAAAUGCUUAUUUUGCUGGAGAUGAGCAUAAAAGCAUAAACAAUCUGACAGCUUGAGGGUAUUUGAUGUCUGUUGUCAGUAUCAUUCAUGUAGGAACCUUUUUUGUUUAACCUUUUUCCUUCUCUUCUGAAGGAAAAAAAUUGCAGACAGCGGUUCCAUCCAUGCUUGGAUUAUUGUUAGGUUAGAUUUGAUCCAUCAGCACCAUUUGUGAUGGGAAUGAGGCAUUGACCCAGCCAUUUGCUCCCAGAAAUGUGAUGGCGCUGCCAACCUUUGCAAGCGUGACAGGUUCA